AUGUCAAAAGAAGAGACAGUAAUUGAUGAGAUAGACGUUUCUAGAAGUCCAUCAGAACAUGAUCAUAAUAAAGAAGACAAUUCAAAAAAGGUCUCUUAUAAAGAAGCCGACGAGCUACUUAAAUUUAUGGAAGAGCAUGAGCCUAAUUAUGUUGAGCUAACAGAAGAUGAAGAGAAGAAAGUCUUAAGAAAAAACUUUACUAUGGUGUUAUUUUUGGUUUCUCUGGUCACUUUGAUUUUGUUUAUGGAUAAAUCAACAAUUGGUUAUACCACAAUCCUAGGUAUUUAUAAAGAUACAAGUUUGACAAAAGGCGGGUUUAAUAAUUUAAAUUCAAUCUUUUAUGUUGGUUACUUGGUUGCUCAAUGGCCAUGUCAUAUCUUAAUGCAAAAAUUACCAAUAGGUAAAUAUCUAGCAGGCUCUAUAUUCAUGUGGGCUAUUAUCAUUGGAGGUACUGCUGCUUGUAAGAAUUAUAGUCAGUUGAUGGCAUGUCGUUUCCUUUUAGGUGCAUCUGAAGCUGUUGUUACGCCAGCGUGUGAAAUGACAUUAGGUAUGUUUUUAGAUACAAAACAAAGAGAAAUUGCACAACCAAUUUUUUGGGCUUCAGCAUCAGCUGCUCCAUUUAUCUCAAGUUUUAUAGCUUUUGGAUUGUUGAAAGCUGAACAUUUAAUGUCAACAUAUCCAUGGAGAGUCUUUAUGGCUGUUAAUUCUGGUCUAAGUUUAUUCUUAUCAAUUGCAGUUUUCAUUUUAUACCCAGAUAAUCCUUCAAAUGCUAAAUUUUUAACAAAUAAUGAAAAAGUGUUCAUCAUCAAGAGGAUUCAAGAGUCAACAAAAUCAUCAAUUGAACAGAAAACAGUCAAAAAGCAUCAAAUUAUUGAAACUCUAAAAGACCCAAUUUCUUGGUUAUUUGCUUUCCAAUCUUUCACAUUAAUGUUAUCAAACUCAUUAACUUAUCAACAAAAUCAAUUAUAUGUCGACAUUGGUGUUGAUAAUUUAGGAUCAUCACUAGUCUCAGCAGCAGGUUCAGUUUGGAAUGUUUUGUUAUACAUAAUUUUUGCCUUUGUUAUCAAAAAAUUCCCCAAUCAAAAUGCUUAUAUUGGUUGUGUUUGUUUAAUCUUACCAAUCGCUUCAAGUAUUGCAAUGUGUACAAUCCCAUGGGAGAAGAAAUAUGCUCUAUUGGCAAAUAUGAUUCUUGCUGGUUCAUCAAAAGGUAUCACUUAUAUUGUCGCUUUAGGUUGGACAACUUCAAGUGCUGGUGGUUAUACAAAGAAACUUUAUAGAAAUGUUAUGUUUAUGAUUGCUUAUGCGAUUGCAAAUAUAAUCAGUCCAAAUUUAUGGAAUCCAAAGAAUAGUCCAAGAUAUUAUACCUCAUGGAUAGUUCAAAUAAUUGUUGCAUUUUUUUUAAAUGGUGUUAUUUUGCUAACCAUAAGAUAUAUUUUGAAGAAAAGAAAUGAAGAAAGAUUACAUGCUACUGAUUUUGAAGAUGAUUAUUACGUUGAGAAUGAUGAAGGAAUAUCAGAAAAAGUUGAUAUUGCCAUGUUGGAUCUAACUGAUUUGGAGAAUAAGAGAUUUAUAUAUCCUUUGUGA